AUGGGCGAUUUACAAGGUCGUAAGAUCUUCAAGGUCUUCAACCAGGACUUUAUUGUCGACGAACGGUACAACGUGACCAAGGAGCUUGGUCAGGGUGCAUACGGUAUUGUUUGUGCCGCCACGAAUACCCAGACCGGUGAGGGUGUCGCCAUCAAAAAGGUGACCAAUGUGUUCAGCAAGAAGAUCCUGGCCAAGCGUGCCCUGCGAGAAAUCAAGCUGCUCCAGCAUUUCCGGGGUCACCGCAACAUCACUUGUCUGUACGAUAUGGACAUUCCUCGACCGGAAAACUUCAAUGAGACAUAUCUGUACGAAGAAUUGAUGGAAUGCGAUCUGGCCGCAAUCAUCCGUUCCGGACAGCCUCUGACUGAUGCUCAUUUCCAAUCAUUCAUCUACCAGAUCCUCUGCGGUCUGAAGUACAUCCACUCGGCCAAUGUGUUGCACAGAGAUCUGAAGCCCGGAAACUUGCUGGUCAAUGCCGACUGCGAACUGAAGAUCUGUGAUUUCGGUCUCGCGCGAGGUUUCUCUAUCGAUCCCGAGGAGAAUGCCGGCUACAUGACUGAAUACGUCGCCACGAGAUGGUAUCGUGCCCCUGAAAUUAUGUUGAGCUUCCAAAGCUACACCAAGGCCAUCGAUGUGUGGUCCGUAGGCUGCAUUCUCGCCGAGCUCCUCGGCGGCCGCCCCUUCUUCAAGGGCCGCGACUAUGUCGACCAGCUCAACCAGAUCCUGCACUACUUGGGUACACCCAACGAGGAGACCCUGAGCCGCAUCGGCUCACCGCGUGCUCAGGAGUACGUCCGCAACCUGCCCUACAUGCCGAAGAUCCCCUUCCAGCGGCUCUUCCCGAAUGCCAACCCGGACGCUCUUGACCUCCUGGACCGCAUGCUCGCCUUCGACCCGUCGUCGCGUAUCUCUGUCGAAGAAGCCCUGGAGCACCCGUACCUGCACAUCUGGCAUGACGCCUCCGACGAGCCCACCUGCCCCACGACCUUCGAUUUCCACUUUGAGGUCGUCGAGGACGUUCAGGAGAUGCGUCGCAUGAUCUACGACGAGGUCGUGCGUUUCCGCUCUCUCGUGCGGCAGCAAUCCCAGGCGCAGGCCGCCGCCGCCGCCCAACAGCAGCAGAUCGCCAACAACGUCCCCAUCCCUGCCGAGCAGCAGGGCGUCUGGCGACAGGAGGAACCGAAGCCCCAGGAAGCGCUCGCCGCGGGCGGUGGCCACCCGAACGAUCUGGAAUCGUCGCUGCAGCGGGGUAUGGAUGUGCAAUAG